AUGCAAUGCUAUCUCCAAGCGGAUGGUUUGGAUGAAUGGGCUGGUGAGAAAUCGCAUAUUUACGGGUCUUCCCCAGCAAAUCAGAGAAUAGAAGCGUGGUGGUCUUUUUUAAGGCGAAACCGAUCAGGAUGGUGGAUUGAUCUUUUUCAAGAUAUGUGCCAAACAGGCAUUUUAGAACUUGGAAAUGUUUACCAUAUGGAAUGUCUGUGGUUCUGUUAUAGCAGAAUAAUUCAACAAGAGUUGUAUAAUGUGAAAGAUCAAUGGAACAGCCAUUACAUCAGAAAAUCACAGCAUGAAACUAUUGCCGGAAUACCAGAUUUACUGUUUUUUAUACCCGAAUAUUAUGGUGGGGAUAAUUGCCUUUGUGAGGUAUCGCACACCAAACUACUCGAGCUGGAAACAAGUGAGCGAAAUGAUGAGAGUGAAAACAUUUAUCAGGAGUAUUUUGAAUAUGUAUGUGAAAUGAGAAGUUGGCGUUCACCAAAAGAUGUGCAUGAAGCAUUCGAGAUGUUUCAGCAACUAGUUAACAUAAUGGAAUGA